UUAUCGCGCUAUAUAAUAUGCGAGCAGCCGCGUUUCCCUCAGCGCUGUUCCCGCCGCCGCUGAGGCCCAGCCCCGCCAUGGCCUCCACGCUCCGGCCCCUCCGCGCCCUCAGCCGCGCCGCGCUGGAGCCCCGCGCCCGCCGCCUGCACCUCAGCGCCGCCCGGGGGGACGCCGUGGUGAUCUCGGGGAGGAAGCUGGCCCGGCAGAUCCGGCAGGAGGCGCGGCACGAGGUGGAGCAGUGGGUGGCUGCCGGCAACAGGAGGCCCCACCUGAGCGUGGUGCUGGUGGGGGAGAACCCGGCCAGCCACUCCUACGUCCUCAACAAAACCAAAGCUGCGGCUGAUGUGGGGAUCAGCAGCGAGACCAUCCUCAGGCCGGCCUCCAUCAGCGAGCAGGAGCUGCUGGAGCUCAUCGGCAAACUCAACAGCGACCCAGCCGUGGAUGGACUGCUGGUGCAGCUUCCCCUGCCCGAGCACAUCGACGAGCGCAGGGUGUGCAACGCCGUCAGCCCGCACAAGGACGUGGACGGCUUCCACGUGCUCAACGUGGGCCGCAUGUGCCUGGACCAGGACUCCAUGCUGCCUGCCACGCCCUGGGGCGUCUGGGAGAUCAUCCAGAGGACAGGGAUCCCCACGCUGGGCAGGAACGUGGUGGUGGCGGGCAGGUCCAAGAACGUGGGGAUGCCGAUCGCGAUGCUGCUGCACACCGAUGGCAGCCACGAGCGGCCCGGAGGUGACGCCACGGUGACGAUCUCGCACCGCUACACGCCCAAGGAGCAGCUGAAGCAGCACACCAUCCGUGCUGACAUCGUGGUGGCAGCUGCAGGCAUCCCCAACCUGAUCACAGCCGACAUGAUCAAGGAGGGCGCGGCCGUGAUCGACGUGGGCAUCACGCGGGUGCAGGACCCGGUCACGGCCCGGCCCCGCCUGGUGGGGGACGUGGAUUUCGAAGGGGUGAGGAAGAAGGCGAGUUACAUCACGCCGGUGCCGGGCGGCGUGGGGCCCAUGACGGUGGCCAUGCUGAUGAAGAACACCAUCAUCGCUGCCAAGAAACUGCUGAAACCCCAACAGCUCGAGGCCCUGCCCGCCUAGCGCGGGGCCUUGGGCCGGGCCUAGCGCGGGGCCCUUGAGCCGGGCCUAGCGCAGGGCCUUGAGCUGGGCCUAGUGCGGGGCCCUUGAGUGGGGCCUUGAGCUGGGCCUGACAAGGGGCCCUUGAGCCAGGCCUAGUGCGGGGGCCUUGAGCUGGGCCUGACAAGGGGCCCUUGAGCAGGGCCUUGAGCUGGGCCUAGCGCGGGGCCUUGAGCUGGGCCUAGCGUGGGCCCUUGAGCGGGGCCUAGCGUGCGGGGCCUAGUGCGGGGGCCCUUGAGCAGGGCCUGACAAGAGGCCCUUGAGCCGGACCUAGCCAGGGGCCCUUGAGGUGGAUCUAGCCUGGCGUCUGUCAGAGCCAGGACUAAUGGGGCCCCUCAGAACCAGGCCUAACGAGGGGCCCUUGAGCCAGGCCUAACCAGGGCCUCUCUGGCCUAAGACAUUCCAGACUGACUCCCCAACAGGCCGAUAGAAAAUGCAAUAUUUUUUAUUUAUUGUCUCGCAUGUGGGGCUUCUCCCCACUCGCAGGUCACAGGUAUUUAUUGGAAGCGUGGCUGGGCUGGGAUUAUCCAAACUCCUCCUGUUCAUUGUUUGAGCUGGGAUUAUCCACACUCCUGUUUGUGUUCAAACUGGGAUUAUCCAAACUCCUCCUGCUUUGUGUUCAAACUGGGAUUAUUCACACUCCUGUUUGUGUUCCAACUGGGACUACCCACACUCCUGAGCCAGCCCAGCCCGUGCAGGAGCUGCUGGGGCUCCUAGCAAUCCCAGCAAUCCCAUGGGAUGCUCACCUCGAUGCUUCUGUUCUCCAAAUCCCAGCAUUCCCAAUUCCCUCCUCACUGCUGGGGGUUUAGUUUAAGCUCUUCUGUAGAGGAAUUACUUGAAAAAAAAAAAAAAUUCAAAUGAAAGCCAUAUUUGUGUCCUGGGCCUGCACAGGUCCUGGGCUGGUGUAACAUGUUCUGGAGUGCAGCUAGGCUGAGCUUUUUUGCUCUUUGGAUUGUGAAUUUUUUAAAAGCCUUUU